GUCCGCAACGUCAGAAAAUUAUCGCAUCAUGAGAAAUUCAACAUUGUACUUACUCUGACAUCACGGCCACUUGUAUACGCACUCCAGUAAAAAUGCCCGAUCUUUUUCUUGUGUCGAUACCAUCCGAAAUUGCAUGAGGAGAAGUAUUGAUUUUUUUUCUGCUUCUGCAACAAAAGCAAAACAACAACACAUUAACGAAGAAGUGGUCCAUCUAGUUCUACCUAUAUUUAUUUUUAUUAUAGUAGAAUUCUAUAUAAUUUCCUCAGACCUCUACAACGAACGUAAUAGAACUUCUUAGAACCGCCAACUAGGAAAUAAAAAUGGAAGACUCCGAUUCUGACGAAGCUGAAGACGUCGCACCGCAGGAAGACGGUCUACCAGCUCUUGAAGAUCCUGACUUUGCUAUGAAAAGAAAGAGUUUACUCACGCUCAAGAACAGAUUUUUAGCUAGGAUUUAAGUGAGAAAGUAGCAGCCCCAGCCAGCUAAUUUUUUGAGCGUGAGUACACUUUUUCCUCUCAUAAUCACCCAAUUUGUUUCAUAUCUAGGCUGCGCAGAAAUAGUAAAUGCAGGUGUUGCGGAUAGUGGAGGGAAGGGAGGGGCUGAUUAUGAUAGGUGGUUUGUCUUUGUGACAGAAGGAUCAUUUAAUUACAAGUAGUCCUUGAAAUCUGGUUUUUGUCGCGGAACAAGAAGGUACGUAUCUAUAGCGUAUGCUGGAGUGUGCUUGUACUCAACACUAUGAAACAAGUCGAGUGCAUAUUACUAGUUCGAUAUCAAACCUCUUCGUCCUCCUUGCGAAUUGAUUCGAAUAAUUCAACUUCCUGCUCCUCUUCGAUCCUCUUCAACACGAGUACCCUAUCGCUAUCCCUAGUAACCAAACAAUCCACUUUCAUCUCCCGAAUCUCCAAUCGAUGGAGCAUUUAGGCCGUGUCCUCUUACGAGUGGUGCAAGAAGCCUAUGUUGCGCCACUACCGCCAAACUGGUCAGAGUUUUCGGACCCAGAGGGAAGAAUAUACUUCUACAAUUACGCCACAGAACAAAGCUCCUGGGCUCAUCCAUCGGAUAAGACUUACAGGGAGUUGAUACAGGUAUAAUUUUUUUUUGUGAUAAAUCUAGGGACUAGGACCUAGAUAUUUUUUGGAUUUCUUUGCGGCAUUAUUUCCUAGUUUUUUCCAGCCUUGGUUCCUUCAUCAUGAAUGAUCAUGAUCUGUUUCCAAUUCGGAUUGUUCCGACCGUUUACUACUACGUUUGUCCACCACCUGUUCUAGAAGCACUAUCUCUAACUAUUAAUCUCCUGUAAAACUAUCUCUAUCUCUAACUACUUAGUCACGACUCCUUCACCACCAGAUAGUAAAGAAGGUGAAGAGCGUAGUUUCACCUCUGCCGCGUGAAGAAGUUUCGAGGAUAAUAGACGUCCAUUUGCAAAGUGUGCACCAGCGAGCCAUGGAAGCGAUAGCGGGUUUUAGUGGCCCCUACGUAAGUGAGGAUGGCGGCCACGAAUACUACUACAACGAAAUCACGAACGUCAGUACGUGGGAAUCGCCAGUCGUCGAAUGGGAGCAUAAUAUUAGCACGAGGUACAACUCAAACUCUAAUCCUUGGUAUUAGACAUUUACAACUCGUCUUCUACGGUGAAUUCUUGGGCAAGGUCAUGUCACGAUGUCCUAGUUUUGAUACUUCUUAAACCUCCAUUACAUUUACAACAAUUGCUUCUCAUCAUCAUCAUCAUCAUCAUCAUCAUCAUCAUCAUCACCAUGAUCAUCAUCGUCAUCAAUCUACUAAACAUUCUAGAGCAACUGAAAGCUCCGCUAUAAAGGUAUCACGUCCUUUACCGGUGUCUGCUCGAACCAUAUGAUCGACUCGAAGAAGAGCAGGAGGCUGGGAAAGGAGCUUCCGCUAGUAGCUCAUCUGUGUCUAGAGUUCCCCCGAGGCUACAACUAUUAAGGCUGUACCUAAUACAUCUUUGGACGCAUCCUUGAAACGUAUGGAAGAGUAUCCUACGGGAAUACUCACCCAUACUUUUCAAGGAUGCACUUGCAAGAUGAAUUACGGACAGCUCUAAAACUACCAUUGCACCUGGUGGGCGGCGGAGGUGAUAGCGCAGCGCAACUGGACGUAGCGAGCCUUGGACUGAAGGGUAUGGCAGAAUCGGUGCUAGUCUUCUCCACUAUUAGCAGAAAAACAGCUCAGCAGUUCCUGUAUCUAGUUCUAGUACAACAGGAGCUCAACAGUAGUAGUUCCUGUAUCUUGUAUAACUUCUUCGCGAUGUUUUUUAACGUCUCUUCAUCUCCAAACACCCUCCCCAAGGACUCACAUCCUCUAAUGCUCGUGGCGGGCUCGCACCUCCGACUCCGUCGACUACUAGGAGUUAUCACACGGCGAGGUCACAGGGGUCAGCGCGGACAGGCCGGAGAAGUGGCCGCGACUCUUCAGGCUCUUUCAACGACGGCGGAAACUUUAAGGCCACGGCUAAACCAUUCCUAUCAUUUCAAUCUUCGGACCAGCACCUUAAAAACGGACACAGAGACAGAGUGUGUCAUCAUGAUACAACGAUACAUCGAAAGACGAAAAAGAUUACAAAAAUAAGCAUGUUGUAGUUACUGUAGCUAUACUAGAAGAAUUAUGGACAUUCAUCAUGGAGUGACAAUACUCACUAGCUCUAAAACCUCGACGCGGUCGGGGAAAAGUCCCAGUUGUAGUAAGCAUAGGAAAGGACAACCAAGGCCACCAGAUCCCGACGACGAGUCUGAUGACGAGGAACCCUUCAACUUCACUUUCGGUUCAGGCGCAAUAGUCAGUAAAUCAUAGCACUAGGACUAGAAGCUGAAAAGACUGUAGCACUACGAUAUGAAAGAAAAAAGUGCACUCACACUCAAAAAAGUGGCUACUUUCCUACUUAAAUCCUAGCCAAUUUCUUGAGUGUGAGUGCACUCUUUCGCUUCAUAUACGACUAGAAGGCAACUGAUACUGAAAGACUGGCGCCACUCACAAUAACAUGCAGGCUAAAACUGUACAUUUUCUUAGAAUUACGAAGAUGAACAUAAAGUAAGAUCAACAUCGCUCAGAAGUAGUAAGUUGUCAUUGUUGCUGCACUUCAACUUCUUGAUGUUCCAUGAGGAGUUCCAUGUUCUUAAAUUUACAGCAUGUUGUUGUUAACUUCUUCGAGGUGGCUGUGUCCGAGAACUCCAUGAGUUCAUCAAGGACAUACAGAGGUAGCUACACCUAUUUUGAUUUGUUACCGGGAAAAAAAAUUCAUCAAAUUCAUACGUCUAUUCCUAUCUAUGACCAUUCACUUGCAGUUUAAUUGAUCAAAAUGUUUGCUCAUUCACAUCAUCGUCAAUGUCAUUCUUGUGUAGUUUGUGCCGCUCCCUAUAGAAUUGUCAUUUUUUUUGUCAACGUUAUAAUUGAGUCUGUACAUCAACAUCAUUUUUCUUUGUUAGAAAUCAACUGAAUUUCUAUUUCAAUUUAAACCAGGUUUACAAUGUCUUAUGUCUUAUGAUGUGUGGUCAUAGUCAUGUCAUCUUCUAUUUGGAAUCAAUUAUGUGCCGGGAACGAUGAGAAGAACUUUGAUUCUUCAAUAUGAUUUGUAGUGAACAAUUGUACUAUGUGUGUUUGACCAUCCAGAUCAUUGUCUGAUUUAGCAUUUUCCAGCAGCUCAUUGCGGCAGGACGUGAUAGGCGUAUAUAGCGCGGAGUUUUGGUUCCAUGAGAUGAAGGUGAAGGAACAAAAAACGAUAACUCCCUUUGCGUUUUUUGCAACGAACCUCCAUAAUAGGCAGACGUCGAUUGGCACGUUUGUUCAACAUCACGGGCU